AGGAACCGGGCACCUCCAUCCUCGCCACCGAUCCCCUGAAACGCGGCUCCAGAUCCGGCGGCCGGUGGCGUCCUCCCCGCGCGACCACCCAUCACAACCAACGGCGCUGAUCUCCUCCGCCAUCUCCGUCCAUCUCCGUCUCCAUCGCCAGGAGGGUUCCGGCAUGUCGGAAGCGGAGGGCGCGCCGGAGACCGGCGGCGGCAGCUACGGAGGGAAGGAGCAGGAUCGGUACCUGCCGAUCGCCAACAUUGGCCGCAUCAUGCGCCGUGCGGUGCCGGAAAACGGCAAGAUCGCGAAGGACGCCAAGGAGUCCGUCCAGGAGUGCGUCUCCGAGUUCAUCAGCUUCAUCACCAGCGAAGCGAGUGACAAGUGCAUGAAGGAGAAGCGCAAGACCAUCAACGGCGACGACCUGAUCUGGUCCAUGGGUACGCUUGGCUUCGAGGAAUACGUCGAGCCCCUCAAGCACUACCUCAAGCUCUACCGGGAGACGGAGGGUGACACAAAGGGUUCAAAAUCUUCUGAUCAUACAGGAAAGAAAGAGAUUUUACUCAAUGGUGAACCUGGAUCAUCGUUCGACGGCGUGUAGGAUGGAGGGUGAUAUUGACUGGGCACCGGAGAGUCAUUUGGUGGAGCAUGUGCCAUAGUUGCUAGAAUGGCACCCAGGAUGGCGCCCACCAUCACUGACUGCCCUCUGUGAGGAUGGCGCUCAGAAGCCUGUUAUUUGCGGAUGUUCAGUCCAUUUUUGUUAGUUGGAAAGUACAAACUUUCCUUCUUAGGUCAUACUCGUAGUUAAAUCGUAGUGUGCUCUAUGAAAUGAUGAAUCUGUCCAAUCGUGAUGACCGUUUGAAACUGCACUGCAUGAAUGAAAUCGGAGAUAACUUGCAGAUACCUCU